AUGGAUAAAUGGUUAAUGAAAGGCCAAAACAAAGAAGAUAAUCCUAAGCUUGAACGUAAAAGGAAACCCGAAAAGGAAACAUCAGAGGCUUCAACUUCUAGUAUAGAAGUAGAAUAUGCUGUUCCCAUUCCCAGUUCCAGUUUGACUUCAGUGGGCUUGGCAACAAGUGAGUCAAAUAAUCCACAAACUAAAAAAAUAAAACGCCUGAAUAAAUUUAAUGAUUUAUGGCUUCAAGAACCAAACUUCUUGAGCUGGCUAUGCAAAGAUUCGAAAAUGAAAGAUGGAAAUGAUUUAGCACACUGUAUGCUUUGUUCGGUGUCGAUUAUAGCGCAUAAAAGUGAUCUGAUUCGACAUAUGAAUUCAGAUCGCCAUAAGAAAAAAUCAUUAGAAAUACAGAAUAUUCCAAAAAUUUCAAAUUAUUUGCCAGUGAUGGAUUUAGAAAUAAAUGUACGAAAAGCUGAACUAAAAUUAGCCGGAGCGUUGGCUGAAAAUAAUAUACCAAUAUCAUUUAGCGACAUCUUGGGCCCACUCUGCAAAGAGAUUUUCGCAGACUCAGUUAUAGCUAAAAAUAUGAAUUUACACAGAACCAAGGCGACGGCUAUAAUAAAUAAUGUUUUAGGAAACACAUUUUUAGAGGAUAUAUAUGAAAAAUUACGCGGAGAAAAAAUCUUCUUUUCAUUAAUAAUGGAUGAAACGACUGAUCAGAGCUCUUUAAAACAAUGCUGUUUUACUGCUGUUGUCUAUGAUGAGAACACCAAUAAGGUAGAGCAUUUGUUUCUGGAUAUGGUGGAAUUGUCAUCAGGAACUGCUAAGGGACUGUACGACUGUUUACAUCAAAUGCUUCGAAAUAAAAACAUAUCGAUAGAAAACAUGGUGGGGUUUAAUUCAGAUACCACAAACGUGAUGGUUGGAGAACAUUGCUCUGUUUUUGUUCUUUAA